AUGGCAAGGGUACAACGCCAUUAUGGGCAUAUAUCGAUCAAUAAGGCAGUUAUAGAGAGAACAAAUUUGAACCCAAGUGAAGUAGGGGAUAUAGUGGUUGGCACAGUUCUCGCACCUAGCUCACUUAGAGCAAUUGAGUGCAGGAUGGCAGCAUUUUAUGUUGGUUUUCCUGCACAUUUCUUAAACCCAAAUUUUCAUUAUCGACAUGAUGUUGGUUAUAGCCCACGUUUCACAAACUCUCUGGCAACAGUUGUUGAACAAUUUAACAUAAAUGGAGAAAUUGCAGAUACAUUUGUGGAUGAGAUUGUAUGCUUUAGAGAUGCAAAAGAAUCAUUUGGGUCAACCAUAGCAAGAAAAACAAGAGAAACCAGAAAUACAGGGAAACUUGGUACUGCAAAAGGAUUUGCUGGGAAGGAUAUAGUGAUUGUGGCGGCCUACCGAACUGCCAUUUACAAAGAAAAGCGAGGCGGUUUUAAGGAUACUUUAGCUGAUGAUUUGCUGGCACCUGUUUUGAAGGCAGUUAUAGAGAGAACAAAUUUGAACCCAAGUGAAGUAGGGGAUAUAGUGGUUGGCACAGUUCUCGCUUCUAGCUCACUUAGAGCAAUUGAGCGCAGGAUGGCAGCAUUUUAUGUUGGUUUUCCUGAUAUAGUUCCAAUCAGAACCGUCAACAUGCAAUGCUGAUCUAGCCUUCAGGCGUUGCUGAUGUAGCUGCAUUCAUAUGUAACAACCAAGAAAAAAAAAUAUUAAAAAGGGUUUUGUUUAAGGGCUUUUUGGUUUUUGGCCACUAGGUCGGAGGGUUUGUUGUUGUCGUGCUUUUCAUAUUUCACCGUUGGGUUUUGAUAGAUAUGGAGGAUGAAGUUAGAGAAUUGGGGGAAAGAAGAGGAAC